AUCUUAAAUAUGGCCUUGGGCACCAAGAAUUCUCGCUUUGGAUCAACAGAUGGAAUUCAGAUCCAUUUGAGUCUGGGAUUCCUAAUUCGUUUCAUGUUCAUUGUGUAUGGAGAGCAUCAUGACAGGACACAUGCUCUCAAGUACACAGACAUUGAUUACCAUGUUUUCACAGACGCUGCACAUGAAGUGGCAGCAGGAGGUAGUCCAUAUGAUCGACAUACAUAUAGAUAUACUCCUUUCCUGGCAUGGAUGCUUUUGCCUAAUGUAAAUUUGCAUUUCAUGUUUGGCAAGUUAAUGUUUUCAUUUCUAGACUGUGUUGCAUCAAAACUAAUCUAUCAAAUACUUUUGAUUGAUGGGCUUACCAAGUUAACAGCUCUUAGGUGUUCAUUUUUAUGGUUGUACAAUCCUUUGGUAAUAGGUGUAUCAACACGUGGCAGUGCAGAAUCUGUUAUGGCAGUCCUGGUCCUGUUAACAGUGUACAUGAUGAAGUUGCGGUUCAGUGUUCUGGCAGGCCUCUUUUUAGGAAUGUCUGUUCACUUUAAACUCUAUCCCAUUAUUUAUUGCAUCCCACUCUAUAUGUCACUAACAAAUGAUUUGCACAGUGAUUCAUUGUUGAAGAGAGUGUUACCAAAUUACACCAAGAUGAGAUUAGUUACUGGGGCAACCAUUUCCUUCUUUGGUUUAACAGGACUAGGCUUCAUACUUUAUGGGGAACAGUACAUUGAAGAAGCAUUCUUGUAUCACCUUUCUAGGACAGACACUCGGCAUAAUUUUUCAAUAUAUUUUUAUUUAUUAUACAUUGCAGCAGAUUAUCAUAUUCCAGGACUGAAUAUUGCCACAUUUGGACCGCAGCUCGUUCUCCUUAUUGCAUUAGGAUAUAAAUUUUGCCACAGACAAGAUGUACCAUUUGCCAUGUUUACACAGACUGUUGUGUUUGUUACUUUCAACAAAGUUGUAACAUCCCAAUAUUUCUUGUGGUAUUUACUUUUGCUGCCCCUAGCUGUGCCUCGCUUAAUAAUGACAAUGCAGAAAGCAGUGAUAUUGACUGUUCUCUGGGUGGCAGCUCAAGCAUCAUGGCUUCUUCCAGCAUAUUUGCUUGAGUUUCAUUCAGUAAAUGCCUUUAUCCCAAUAUGGCUUGAGAGCAUUGCUUUCUUUUGCUGUAAUGUUGGAGUGUUAAUGGCAUUGCUUUCAAGUUAUGUACCACACCAAUUAGGACACCAUCAUAGCAGUAGAAAGAAUAGAUAAAAACUGGUUAAAACUGCACAAAAAUAAGUAAAUAAAAUGAAUAUGAAUGUGAAAUACAGUGUGUAUGUCUUUAGCUAUUUAAAGGAAGCAUAUACCUUUGAAUAAGAACUGCAUUGGUUUAAUAAUAAAAAAAGUGCUUUGUAUUUCAGCAAGGUUCUUAUGGUUUGGUAAAUAGUUUAGUUUCUUGCAUCACAUUUGUUGCUGUAGCUAAACAGUUUUGUUAAAGUAGUAACAAAUGGUAUUUAAGUAAAAAACAGUUGAAUGAUAAAUGUUUAUUUUACUUGAACUAAAUAAAGUAUUUUCUUAAUGUUGCCUAGCAAAUUCUCAAAAUUCACUGAUAAAAAUGUUUGCAUCAUUUUCAUGUUACAGAUGGUUUAGUAAGGUUGUUGAUUAUGCAUUGACACAGCCUAUACUAGAGCUUAUUGAAGUGUAUAUUGUAAAUAAAGACACUUGUAAAA